GGAGAUUUCUCAUGUACGUGUAUUGAUCAUAAGAGAAUAACUUUUAUCUCAAACUUUCCCGGUAAUGUUGUAGGAAAUAUACAAAAUAAGGUUGGAUGGGUUCUAAGAGCUAGCAAUAGGAUAAUUGGGUGAGAAUUAAGAUGAUUGGAGGGCUCUUUGUGUACAACCACAAGGGGGAAGUCCUCAUAUCAAGAGUCUAUCGGGAUGACAUAGGGCGGAAUGCGGUGGACGCCUUUCGCGUCAAUGUCAUUCAUGCGAGGCAGCAGGUCAGGUCGCCGGUCACCAACAUAGCCCGGACGUCUUUCUUCCACAUUAAGAGAGCAAACAUUUGGCUUGCUGCCGUCACCAAGCAGAAUGUCAAUGCUGCCAUGGUCUUUGAGUUUCUUCUGAAAGUCAUUGAUGUUAUGCAGUCUUACUUUGGAAAGAUCUCUGAAGAGAACAUCAAGAACAAUUUUGUUCUUAUCUACGAACUCCUUGAUGAAAUUCUUGAUUUUGGAUACCCACAAAACUCAGAUACUGGUGUUCUAAAGACAUUCAUAACACAGCAGGGUGUUAAGUCUCAAAGUAAAGAAGAACAAGCACAAAUAACUUCUCAGGUUACAGGGCAAAUUGGAUGGAGAAGGGAAGGUAUAAAGUACAGGAGGAAUGAGCUGUUUUUGGACGUUCUCGAAUUUGUCAACCUGCUCAUGUCCCCACAAGGCCAGGUGCUGUCUGCCCAUGUUGCUGGGAAGGUUGUCAUGAAGUCAUACCUAUCGGGUAUGCCUGAAUGCAAGUUCGGCAUAAAUGACAAGAUAGUGAUGGACUCAAAAGGCAAAGGAGGUGCUGGGAGCGGAGGCCUGUCUGUUGCUGGAGGAGACGAUGCUGCUCGAGCCUCAGGCAAGCCUGUCGUCGUUAUUGAUGACUGCCAGUUCCAUCAGUGUGUCAAGUUGUCAAAAUUUGAGACGGAACAUUCAAUCAGCUUCAUACCUCCUGAUGGCGAAUUUGAAUUGAUGAGGUAUCGUACAACCAAAGAUAUCUCUCUUCCCUUCCGGGUGAUCCCACUUGUGAGGGAGGUUGGUAGGACAAGGAUGGAAGUGAAGGUUGUGCUUAAAUCCAAUUUCAAACCAUCGCUGCUUGGCCAGAAGAUGGAGGUGAAGAUUCCGACACCUUUGAACACUUCCGGGGUCCAAUUAAUCUGCCUUAAAGGAAAAGCCAAAUACAAGGCAUCUGAAAAUGCCAUUGUCUGGAAGAUCAAAAGAAUGGCUGGAAUGAAAGAAACACAACUGUCAGCGGAAAUUGAAUUGCUGGAAACAGACACAAAGAAAAAAUGGACUAGACCACCAAUCUCUAUGAACUUUGAGGUACCUUUUGCGCCUUCAGGCUUUAAAGUGCGUUAUCUCAAAGUGUUCGAGCCGAAACUCAACUAUUCAGACCACGACGUCAUCAAGUGGGUGCGAUACAUCGGAAGGAGUGGUCUCUAUGAGACUAGGUGCUGAACUGGUAGAUCUGAACUAGGAAUCGGAAGACAUUACAGAACAAUAAACAAACUGGGAUAAACAGUACGAAUUGCAUGCAUCAAAGCUUUUUUGUUUAUUACUGGGUAAUUUGGAGAUCAAUUUAAUUAAAAUCAAAACUUGCAUGCUAUACACUUAAAAAGAGUUCUCUUUACCCAAAACAACACUUGUGUUUACAAACAUAACUUAUCAAACAAUUGAUAUUACAAAUAUUUUAAAAUAAACUAAGCUUUAAACAAUGAAGUUAUUAAUUAAAAGAAACAAAUUUACUUAUUAUUUUUUACUUUAUACUCUUAUUAUUAAUAUAUUGAAUAACAUACAUAUAAUCCCUGUGUUAUAAUCAUUCCUACAAUAAUAAAAAUAUUAUUUGUUCCCUCAGGGUAAAUGAUGUCGUCUUGUAUCACUUAUAAUGUAUUAUAAU